AAUUGACGGCCAACUUACUCAACUGGCCGUUGGUCGUGGUAAUAACGUGUGGGGUGUAAACUCACAAGAUAAUAUAUUUCGAUACAUAAACGGAGCUUGGCAUCAAGUUCCAGGAGCCGCUACGUAUGUUGGAGUUGGAGCUGACGGAACCGUCUGGGUUGUUAAUCGAGAUACAGAUUGGUGGCGCAUUGUUAAUAAUAUAACCAAUAUUUACCUUCGAAUUAAUGGUGAUAUAAAUCCUAGUGGGUUAUGGGCGCUAGUUGGCGGUGCUUUGAUCGAUGUAUCAGUAGCUUCUGAUGGAACAGUUUGGGGUGUUAAUAGCGACCAUAAUAUUUAUAAGUGGGCUGGAUAUGACUGGUUU